CGACAAGCAUCUCCUUGGGCGCCUUCUGCAUCAUAACAGUCGCUCUUCAACGUUGCCUUGCUUCUUGGAGCUACGGGCAGCCGCAAAGGUCCUCCUCUCUGCUGCAGCCAGUCGUCCUUCGCACUGCAACGCCUGAAAACCCUUGGCCUUGGCCAGACUGCCUCCAUCGGUAUUGUAUGUUUGAUUCGGCCGAGCCCUGUACAUGCAUCUCUUCAGUGCACACUCUUGGCAGCGUGCGACUGCCGCUCAGAGACCGAGACGGAGGGGGAGCUGAGGUCAGACGCGCUGGCUGCUCACAGAUUCUGGUGCAGAGCGGAUUUCUGAAGGGGAGGCGAAGGCAGUUGCACUUGAUUUGCAAUCAUGGCGGGAGUCGUCAACAUCGGUGUCGGCAACCAGGACGAUGCUUUUUAUCGGUACAAGAUGCCAAAGCUGAUCACCAAGGUGGAAGGACGAGGCAAUGGGAUUCGAACAAAUCUGGUCAACAUGACAGACGUGGCAAAGGCACUAGCACGGCCUGCAUCAUACACCACCAAGUUCUUCGGCUGCGAGCUCGGCGCGCAGUCCAAGCACGACGAGAAGACUGGCGUCUCCAUAGUCAACGGCGCGCACGAGACUGCCAAGCUGACUAACCUGCUCGAGGGGUUUAUCAAGCGCUUUGUUCAGUGCUACGCGUGCGGCAACCCCGAAACUGUCGUGAACAUCGACAAGGCGCAGAACAUUCAGCUCCUCUGCAAGGCCUGCGGAGCCGUCUCGCCGGUGGACAUGCGCCAUAAGCUGACGACGUACAUCCUGAAGAAUCCCCCCGAAAGCAAGGGCGGGAAGGACAAGGCCAGCAAGCAGCUCCGGAAGGCCGAGAAGGAGCGCAUCAAGGCAGGGGAGGCCAUUGAUGCGGAGGAGAAGGCUAAGAAGAAGCUGGGCAAGUCCAAGUCCAAGAAGGAGAAGAAGACCGGGGAUGAUGAUGAGGUGGAGUCUCCUACAGGCCCUGGCCCGCGCGUUCCUGACGUGGAAGACGGGGACGAUGAGGUCGAGUGGGCGACGGACACGUCAGCGAGCGCCGUCAAGCAGCGCAUGCAAGAGCAGCUGACAGAGGUCACCAGUAAUAUGGUGACAGCUGGCAACGGUGUCAUUGACGAGGAGCCAACCACGAUUAACGCCAAGAAAGCCGCUAACGGAAGCGGCACCCCCAAGACGCCCAAGAAGGAAAAGAAGAAGGAGAAAAGCCCCGAACCUGAGCCUGAAGAGGAAGAAGAGGAGGCAGUAGACGAGGUGGCGGCGCUCAGUCUCCACGACAAGCUCGUCUCGGACCUUAAGAGCUACAUGGAGGAUCACGACGUCGCUGCGACUACCAAGUACCUCGCCGGAGAGGCAGAUUCUGCGGAGGAACAAGCGAUCGCCCUGUUUGAGGCGCUUUUCGGUGACUCCGCCAAGACCCUCUCCAAGUCAGUCUCCAAGAAGCUGCCGUUCCUGGCCGCCUUCGCCAAGGGCGGGAAGGAUGCGCAGCGCGCCCUCCUGGCUGCCAUUGAAGUGUUCACUGGCGUCACUUUCCCGGCUGCCAAGAAGGACGUUGCGCUGGUGCUCAAGAAGCUGUACGAUUCGGAUGCCGUUGAGGAGGAGGUGAUUCUCGAGUGGUACGAUGCGGGUGCGGGAUGCAAUGCUGACGUCGGCGUCCCGAAGGCGGUGGGUGUAGUGGUGCGCGAGCAGGCCAAGCCGUUUGUGGAUUGGCUGCGCGAGGCCGAGGAGGAGUCUGACGAGGACGAAGAGUAGGUUAAGGAGGAGAGGACGUUAGGCUAGUACUGCAGCAACUAAAUCAGUGAGAUCAUAAAAGUGUGACGGCUCCAGUGUGGUAGGCAGGCGGCUGGGGGCGGCGUAUUUCGCGUGCAGCAAUUGAGCUUAAAAGGCUUGGUUAUGCUUUGGUAGUAGUUGAUAGGGGAGGCUCGCCUUUGAUGUAUGUGGCAGCGAUUGUUGCUUAGAGGAAGUUUGC